AUGGGUCCCCCUCAUUUAUUAGAAGAUAUCAAAAAGUGGUGCGAGACAAAGAAGAAUCUUGAAAGCGCAGUUGGACAUCCUAUUGAUGGAACUGUAGACACAGCUUAUGAGCAAGACAAGUUUCUUUACGACGGCAAGAUAUUUGCUGCAUAUGAAAGCUACAUUCGCGCUCACAAUAAAGCGAAACCAUUCGCGCAGAUAAAAUUGCUUCCCGCACUUACGGCUCGGUUUGGUGAUC